AUUUCAAACUUUGGCGGUAGCUGUCCUACGGAUUCAACAUGGAGAUCAACCUCUUCUCUAAACUUAGCGGGGCCACUGUUAAAAUCUGUCGCAGCGACGGUCGAGUCCACCUGGCUACGGUGAAGUCAAUAGGUGCGGUGGACUCCACGGUUAUGGUUGAAUGGACUGAAGGAACUUUCUGCAGAGCUAAGGAGGUCGAAGUGGUUGAUUUAUGUAAACUCAACCCAGAGCUUGUGGCUCAGAUAAAGGCUGACACCAGCCACAGUACAGACCCACCCACUCCUGCUCCAGACAAGAAGUAUGAGGGUCGACUGCGCUCAUCCAGGAUUCCUGCCCCUACCAACUCUUCUGCUCAAGUAUUCACCCAAGCCGAGGAUACAGCUGAUCGUCAGACCAGGCAGACGUGCGUGUUCUGGCCUCCGGCUCCUGUUCUAGCACCAGUCUCCACCUCUGAGUCCUCUCAGGCCAAACUGGAGAUGGGCAGCUCUGACUUCCCCUCUUCAUCUGUCCUCACAAACUCUGCACUUCCUAAUCGGCAGCGUAAAAAGAAUGUGGCUAAGCCAGCACAGCCGCUGACUGUAGCCCGGGAGGCAAUACAGGAAAACGAUGACCCUGAGAGAAUGCCUCGUCCAUCGGUAGCCAAAGGGAGAAAAUCGAUGGCUCCCCAAGAGCUAAAUAAAGGCAGCAAAAGAUUGUCUUGUGUUGCAAAGCCCCCCAACAUGCCGGUCAAGAGGGGAAAGUUUGGAGAGCCUUCCCGUCCAAACCAGAAAUUCUACGACAUGAUCCAAGACUUCCGAGAGACCUUGGAGAUAAUCCCCUUUUCAACAACCCACCAUGUUAAACAUCAAAAGAUCUGCGUGUGCGUCCGCAAGCGGCCACUUAACAAACAAGAGAUUAUUAAAAAGGAGAUCGAUGUGGUGUCUAUCCCUGGAAACGGUGCUCUGUUGGUCCAUGAGCCGAAACAGAAGGUGGACCUCACCAAGUACUUGGACAACCAAAGCUUCCACUUCGACGUCUCCUUUAAUGAGACCGCCACCAACGAGCUGGUCUACAACUUCACAGCCAAACCUUUGGUGCAGUCUAUUUUCGAAGGCGGUAUGGCAACAUGUUUCGCCUAUGGCCAGACUGGGAGUGGGAAGACUCAUACGAUGGGAGGUGAUUUCACAGGGAAGCAGCAGAACAGCUCUAAAGGAAUCUACGCCAUGGCCGCUCAGGAUGUCUUCACCUAUCUGAACCACAGGAAAUUUGCUCACCUGGAACUCUCUGCUUAUGUCAGCUUCUUCGAGAUUUACAAUGGGAAAGUGUAUGACCUGCUGAAUGAGAAGGCCAAGCUCCGUGUUCUGGAGGAUGACCGACAGCAGGUGCAGGUCGUGGGCCUGGAGGAGGUGUAUGUGUCCAAAGCGGAGGAGGUCAUCAAGAUGAUCCAGCUGGGCAGUGCAUGCAGAACGUCAGGCCAGACCUCUGCCAACGCCAACUCGUCUCGCUCUCAUGCCAUCCUUCAGAUUGUCCUGCGGCGAAACGACCGUGCCACCACGCUGCAUGGCAAAUUUUCCCUGGUUGAUUUGGCCGGCAAUGAGCGCGGCAUCGACUGCAAUAGCAAUGACCGCAGCACUUUAGUGGAGACUGCGGAGAUCAACCGCAGCCUGCUGGCUCUCAAGGAGUGUAUCCGUUCACUGGGGAUGAACAGCGAUCAUAUUCCUUUCCGACUGUGCACUUUGACCAAAGUCCUAAGGGACUCCUUCAUUGGAGAAAACUCCAGGACCUGCAUGAUUGCCAUGGUGUCUCCGGGCAUGGCAUCAUGUGAAUACACGGUGAACACACUACGCUAUGCUGACAGAGUGAAGGAACUGAAGGGAAACACCAAGGCUAGUGCAGCAGCUGUGGCACAAGAGCCCAUGAAUAGCUCCACAGAGGAGGAAUCUGUUGAGGAUGCCAGUGUACAUGAAGUCAUAUCCAAAGUAGCAGAGCUGGAGGAGAAGGCUUACGAACAGUUCCAGUGGGCCAAUCAAGUCUUCAGUGCCAUGGGGAAAACCUCUUACAAUAUUGAGGCAGGACUUCCAGACCUGGUGGCUAAUGCAAAGAAGUUAUUGGAUGUGGUACUGGCUCUGCAGACUGCUGUGGACCAGGAGGGCGUGAAGAGGCAAGGCUACUGAGAAGAUCCGAUUGAAACUGUCUGUUUUCAAGCAGAUUAAUUUUAAUGUGUCAAUGACUGUUUUAAAUAAAUAAAUUGUAUUCCGACACUUUCUCAUUAAGACCGUUUCACAUCUUUUGGGGACCCUCUUGUGUAUCUUGACACACGCAGCAGAGUUUGACGCUAAUGUGGAAGCAGCAGACUGUUAUUUAGAUUUCUUGAUUUUGUUGCUUUGUUUUAUUCCGAGAACUAUUGUUGAAAUAUUAAAUAAAUUUGCCCAAAUACCUUACUACUACAUGUUUGAGACGCUUGCUAUUUGUUUUUUGCCUUUUUCAUCUAGUUUGUUUCUACCUCCCAUUUCAAAGGCAAAUAUUGUUUACUAUUUACUUCACUACAUUUGUGUUAAUUUUAGUCACUAAUUACUGGUUCAGGUUGUUAAUGCAAUCAAGAAUUAAGUUGUCAUGAUAUUGAUUACGAUCAAGCAUUGUAUCUUAUCAAAUAUGUAAUCUGGUAAAUGAAUAAAUUUACUUUUGGUACUUGA